GGUCGCUACGGAGUUCUUACAUCGCAAUCUGUCCUACACAGAGAGGAAAAUACGACACAGGAUAACUAUAGGAGUCACAGAACCUAUCUAGUUAUAGGAUGAAAGCUUCUUGACAUCUGUGAUCGAUAGUUCAAUGUCUUCAAGGCCCCCAAGAUUCGUGCUAGAGAUACCUGCUAUCUUGACAGUGGUCAUUGUCGGCUGGAUAGAACGAUGCAGGAGUUACACGAGAAGACUAAGAAAAACAGCGGAUCAAAUACAGUCAAUCCGAAGCUUUCAAAGCGGUAUUUUUGGCAGAAAAAGAUGUGUUGACGGACUUUGUUGCGUAGCAGAAAACUGCUACUUGCUUUCACUUAUAAAUAUUCUUUCUGGACUAUAUUGAUAUUGUUCCUUUUUUUCAAUAGAAGCCAAUAUCUAACUUGAAAAAUAUAGGCUAUAUUUACU